GUUGCCUGAGACAGCGAACCAAUGGAGCGCCGACUCAGCAAGCUGAAGCCCGCUCUGCCUUUGCAUCCGGAGACGCGGGCUGUUCGCGUGGUCUCUGCUCCUGCCACUUCCCCUACUGUCGCCUUAGCACCAUGGAAGGCACCAAGCAAGUGGUUAACUUUGGGCCCGGGCCUGCCAAGCUGCCACACUCGGUAUUGUUGGAGAUCCAGAAGCAACUACUAGACUACAGAGGACUCGGCAUCAGUGUGCUUGAGAUGAGUCACAGGUCAUCAGAUUUCGCGAAGAUUAUUGGCAACACAGAGAAUCUUGUGAGGGAAUUGCUGGCUGUUCCCAACAACUACAAGGUGAUCUUUGUCCAAGGAGGUGGCUCUGGCCAGUUCAGUGCUGUCCCCUUAAAUCUGAUUGGCCUGAAAGCUGCAAGGUGUGCUGACUACGUGGUGACCGGAGCUUGGUCAGCUAAGGCUGCAGAAGAAGCCAAGAAGUUUGGGACUGUGAACAUUGUCCACCCUAAACUCGGAAGUUACACCAAAAUUCCAGACCCAAGCACCUGGAACCUCAACCCAGACGCCUCCUAUGUAUACUUCUGUGCAAACGAGACUGUGCAUGGGGUGGAGUUUGACUUCGUACCUGACGUCAAGGGAGCCGUGCUGGUCUGUGACAUGUCCUCAAACUUCUUAUCCAGGCCGGUGGACGUGUCCAAGUUUGGUGUGAUUUUCGCUGGUGCUCAGAAGAAUGUCGGCUCUGCCGGGGUGACGGUGGUGAUUAUCCGGGAUGACCUGCUGGGGUUCUCGCUCAGAGAGUGCCCAUCAGUCCUUGACUACAAAGUGCAGGCUGGGAACAACUCUUUGUAUAACACUCCUCCGUGUUUCAGCAUCUACGUCAUGGGCAUGGUCCUGGAAUGGAUCAAGAACAAUGGCGGGGCCACAGCCAUGGAGAAGCUCAGCUCCAUCAAAUCCCAAAUGAUUUACGAGAUCAUUGAUAAUUCUCAAGGAUUUUAUGUAUGUCCAGUGGAGCGCCAGAAUAGAAGCAGGAUGAACAUUCCAUUUCGCAUCGGCAACACCAAAGGAGAUGAAGCUUUGGAAAAGCGAUUUCUUGAUAAGGCGGUAGAACUCAACAUGAUCUCCUUGAAGGGGCACAGGUCAGUGGGAGGCAUCCGCGCCUCUCUGUAUAACGCUGUCACCACCGAGGACGUUGAGAAGCUGGCUGCCUUCAUGAAGAAUUUUUUGGAGAUGCAUCAGCUGUGAACAUGACCAGCCAUGCUCUGCCUGUGAGCAGGCCGCAGCGUUUAGAGUAACUUGGGAUUGACUACGGAAACUUAACAGACGCGGAUUUUUUUUUUUUCCCCAAAUACAUGCUUAUUACAGAUUCCUUUCUCAAAAAGAAUAACGACUAAACAUCGGGGCACUGCAGGGCUGAGGAAACUCCCAGCUAAUGGCCACCUCCAUUCUCACGUGACCUGGAAGCAUUUUGAAGGCUUCGUUUCCUGUUGCUUUUCUAAUGAAUUCAGCCUGUCAGUCAUCUUUGCUUCCCCCUUCUCUAGGUGGAUUGAAGGACAGGCCUUGGACUUUACCCUGCUGGUUCCAACUGGUUAUUAUUAGGAGCAUAUCACGAGGAGGUUGAGAAGCCCUGUGGGCUGGAUUGACAGCGGCGAGUUUGCUGGGUUCUGCAGCUGUUGGUUAAAGUCAACGGCGACUCACGAGCGUUUAGGAUCUGUGUACUGCUAUUCCCAUAAAGAGAUAGGUGUGAUAUGCUGUGUUUAUGGAGUGGGUAUUGUUUUAAACACUGUAUGGUUUGUGACUAUGCCUUUAUAUUUCUAACGGUACAGUUCUGUAGAGGCUUUUAGAGUUUGUCCAUGACUCUGUGCAUGACUGUCAUCUGUUCUAGUCACUUGCACCCUCCACCUACUGCCUUCUAAAGCUGCGUCAUGAGAAGGAUCUACACGUUCCAUGAGUCUCUUUUCUUGCCACAAGUAGAAGAAAUGGUUGGUUCUUUGCUUUUCAGUUAGGCCGUUAGACAAAACUCAGUCGCACCCCUGCCUUCCACCCCUAAACUGUGAUCACGUGGCUGUUUUUGUAGUUUAACCAGGGCAACACUAUACAUUCCAGAGCUAUACAUUGCUGAGGUCUUUUCCGUUGUUCAUGUAUCAUUGUUUUCAAUCGACUGUAUGAAAACCAUUAAAGUCCUAAGUCACCU